AUGUCAACAAGAGGAGUUUUACAAAAGUAUAACAUGAAGUCAUUGAAAGAACAAAAGAGUGGCACAUUGGGGAAACAGAAGACUGAAUAUAAAGUAAAAACCAGCAGUAAAUUGACAGGCGAGGUAUCAAUUACGAGUAAGAAUAUUGCAAGUCCAACACAAAGUUUAGAAAAAAGUGACUCAGUAUCGGUUUCAUCUCAGGAUAAUUCCAAUAUCGAAAGUAGUGUUCCUACUGCAGCAAAUAGUCCAACUUCAUAUUCUAGUUCAAUGGUUUCAAUUCCAGAUGAUCAAGGCGACGUUUACGAAGCCUUGGAAAGAGUACCAGAUGAUGGAAGAAUCUUGGAACAUGAUUUACAUCUUUUAAACAAGGCUAUACACCCUGAACCAUUUGGUAUUCUUGGAUACCAAAAAUUUGGGGAUGAUGGCAAGUAUGAAUACUAUGUCGUAAGAGCUUGGGUUAGGAAUGCUAAGAGAAUUCAGAUUAAAGCAAUUGAUAGUUCAUUUUCUCGUAUAGGUGCUGAUAAUACACCAGUUGAGAUGGAACAGAGAUAUAUCGAUGGUAACCCAAGCUGGAUGUUUGAAAAAGCUUUCAGAACACUCAAGGAAAAGAUUCCUACAUCCAAAACUCACUUUUGUGGCUACGAAGAGAGCUCUGAGAAUUCUAAUAUUGAAAAUAAGAGAGUAGGGAAUCAAAAAAACAAGGAUGAAUAUUCAAUUAACAAGUUUCCAGAUGUUGGAUCCGAAGCUAUAAACACAAAUGAGGAGAAAAUUGUUUCUGAGAGGAAAGAAACAACACUUGAUCACAAUGUAAACAUAAAGAAAACAUAUAAUGCUGUAGAUUCUAUGAAUAAAUCAGUUGUAGGUUUAACUCCAAGCAAAGUAACACCUGCAGAAAAUGUUACAUCAAAGCUCAAAUUGAAUCUUUCCAACCCAAUAUCUUCAAAAAUUCCGAGAAUUAAAGAGAAGGUUAAAAAUGAGACAUGCAGUUCAGAUGAAGCUUGUAAUUGUUAUGUACACGACAAUGUAAACUCUGAAGAGUGCGUGAGGAAGUUGUAUUACGAAUUAUUGGUUGAAUACAAUGGAGAUAACUCUGGUAAGAUUUUUGCCAUCAGGGACACCUAUUCCUUUGGGUUACUGUUAACAGAUGGUGAAAUGGAACUUUUCCAAUCGGGUAGUUGUUGGCACGUUGAUAACAUCUUAGGGUCCCACAUUGUUGAGUAUAACGGAGUAAAAGGGGUUAGGUUUUCGGUUUGGGCUCCCCAUGCUAAAUAUGUCCGUGUGGUAGGAGACUGGAAUUCCUGGGAUGGAAGAGUAAAUCCCAUGCGAUUUCGUCAUGGGGUUGGGAUCUGGGAGCUGUUUAUUCCACACCUGGGACCAGGUGAAAAGUAUGGUUAUGAGAUACAUUCUCAUUCAAACGAUGUAUUUGUCAAAAUUGAUCCCUACUCACAGGAGUACGAAGUUCCUCCGCGCUAUGCCUCUAUCAUAAGCGCUUGUGACGAUUCAUACAAAGAUGAGUCUGAGCGUUUUUGUUGGCAGGAUCAAGAAUGGAUACAGAGAAGGGAAUAUUUGGGACGCAAGGGCGAGAUGAGGAGACAACCAAUGUCAAUUUACGAGGUCCAUCUUCCAAGUUGGAUGAGAAGAGAAAACGGCGACUAUUUGGGGUAUAGAGAGAUAGCAGGAAGGCUUGUUGAACAUGUCAAAAACCUCAAUUUCACCCAUGUUGAGUUUCUACCUCUUGCCCAACAUCCAUUUGAAGGAAGCUGGGGAUACCAAGUUACAGGUCAGUAUGCUCCAUACAGUCGUCUAGGUACUCCUGAUGACUUUAAAUAUUUGGUUAAUGAACUUCAUAAGGCAAAUAUUGGGGUCUUUAUUGACUUUGUCCCUGCUCACUUUUGCAAGGACGCUUGGGGAUUAGUAUAUUACGAUGGCACUCCAACUUAUGAAUACGGAGAUCCAAGAGAAGGUGAACACAAGCAAUGGGGAACUGCUGUAUUCAACUUUAGAAGAAACGAAGUUCGCUCAUUCUUACUUGGAGCUGCUUACCAUUGGCUCCGCCGUUAUCAUAUUGAUGGUCUUCGAAUUGAUGCUGUUAGCUCGAUGUUGUACAGAAAUUAUUUGAGGCCAAAUGGUGAAUGGAUUCCUAAUGAAUUUGGAGGUGAUGCAAAUCUUGAAGCUGUUAGUCUACUCCAAGAGCUUAAUUGGGUCAUCCACAAAGAGUUUCCUGGGGUAUUUACAAUGGCAGAAGAAAGUACAGCCUGGCAAGGAGUGACACAUAAGGAUGGAGGACUUGGAUUUGAUGCAAAAUGGGAUUUAGGAUGGAUGAAUGAUACCCUGAGCUACUUAUACACUCCUCCUGACAAAAAAAGUGGUAAACAUAAUAAACUCACAUUUAGAGGUCUUUACAUGUCACAUGAAAAUUGGGUCUUACCUUUAAGCCACGAUGAGGUUGUCAAUGGUAAAGGUAGUUUACUAGAUAAAUGUGGAUUCACUGGAGCCCCCUAUAUGGAUAGAAUUAGGACAUUAAAGGCACUUUUUGGCUAUCAAGUUGGAAUGCCUGGACGUCCUUUACUUUUCCAAGGAGCUGAAAUUGCUCAAGGAAGAGAGUGGAAGGAGAAUAGAUCUGUGGACUGGCAUGAAGGAGAGGAAGAUGUGAGAAAGAAAGUAUGUAUCUUUCUUAGUGAUUUGUUGGCAGUUUAUAGGAACAACGUUAGUCUCCAUGCUGGUGAUGAUGAAUCUUGGAACUUCCAGUGGGUAGAUUGUGAAAACUCUCAGGAUUGUAUUGUUGCUUUUCUGAGAAAGUAUAAAGAAUGGUAUAAUGACGUUGUGGUUAUUUGUAACUUUAGUUCUAGACGAUAUAACCACUAUCCUAUUGGAGUUCCUCAUGGUAAAGAAUGGGUUGUGAUGCUUAAUUCGGACGAUUGGAAGUAUGGAGGAGCAAUGUUCGGUCCUGGAAACAACUCUACUGUACAUGCUUCUCACGGAGGGAGAAUUGGUUGGGACUAUUCUCUCUGGAUUGACAUUCCUGAAUUUUCAUGCAUUUAUUUAAAGCCUUUAUAUAACAAACCAGACGAAAAUGAUUCACAAAAAAACAAGUCAGACGAGAGCAACCCAAAUACUUUAGUCAACUAA